AUGGCGAAGGGAAGCUCCCAGAACUCUGCUCCACGUGGACAGGGUACCCGACGACUGACCGCUCUACUGAAUGGAGAAACUGCUGACCACGGCGAUAUCACUCGCGAGCAAUUCCACGACCUCUACAAGCAAGACCCCGAGCGAACUUUUGAUGUUAUCCUGAACAUCAUGAACGAACUGGAAUCUGAGACAUGUGAGAUCGCUCAAGAAAGGGACGCUAUCCAGAAGGAGCGGGAUCAGCAGGCUUUACAGAUCAUCGACCUUACCAAGGAACGGGACAGCUUCGCUGUGCAGAUCACCCGCCAGGCGGUGAACCUUGACUGGGGUGCCUCGUCUUCUGAAACUAAGAAGUCCAUGAAGAUCCCCGAUCCCCCUAUGUUCGGUGAUGGAAAGGACAUCACCUUGGAAGACUGGAUUCUGGUGAUGCGACAAAAAUAA